AUGAGCGUCAAUACUGGAAUUCCAGUUAAUGUAAACGCACAGAGAUUGCAAUCAUUACAACAAAAUGUCCCAGUGAACAGUGAUAUAAAUAAAACCAACAAUAAUUUACAAAAUGGUGUAAAAACUGGAAUUCAGUCGAAUAAUGGCAAUCCCACAGGAACCCCCACACAUGAAGCUCACGUUAGAAAUGCUAGGGCAGCUCAAAACGCUCAACAACAAAGAAUGAACUUGGCAAAUUAUGAACAACAAUUCCUACAAUUGAUGACUACUCUAAAUAAAAAGCCAAGAAGACUAUAUAAUUUCACGGAAGAAACAGACGCAAUUUUGAAGAAAUAUGAACAAUUUAGAACAAGUUUUGAGUUACACAUUUAUGAUAACACCUACAAGAUAUGUGCGCCAGCUAAUUCUAGGUUACAACAACAUUUUAAAAAUGAAUUAAGUGGAGAUGGAUUGAUAUUAAAUAAAAACAACGAAACUUUUAAGGAUUUUUUAGAAAAUGUAGCCAGAGGAAUAAUACCAGCCAGCAUUAUGGAUGUGCUGAAGGAUUGUAACAUUCAGUUCUACGAGGGUAAUCUUAUCUUACAAGUUUAUGAUCAUACCAAUACAGUUGACAUUAAACCGCCCCAACAAAACCACCCUUCUAUUCCCAAAAAUGUGUCACCCAUAAAGUCAGAUCCUUUUAAUGCAACUGGAAAUAACGUACCUGCGCAGACCAAUACCAAACGAGCUUUACCUGUUUUGAAAAGGCCCCGUAUUUAUAGAACACUCUUAAGACCGAAUGAUCUGACAAGAUAUUAUGAUAUGAUGGUGAUAUCGGACCAGUCUAGGUUCUCAGAUGGAGUCUAUCAGCAAUUAGAAUCUGAAAUUUUGACAUUGACUAAAAGAAACCUUAACUUGAAGGUGCCAUUAAAUCCUUUCGAAAAUAAAGAUCUAUUCGAUGACAAGCAACAGGCUUCCAUGUUUUUAGAACCAUCAGUUAAUGAAAAUUGUGAAGUUAUACAACAUCACAGGGAGCUUUGUUCAAAUGAAGAUUGUAGAGGCUUGAAUCCACAUAUGGAGUUGCGUGAAGAACUACCACACAACAGCUCAUCUUUUGAAGAAAUGAUGUUGAUGUUAAAUGAUCGAACCAUAAACAGUACUCUAUCUACAUAUGCAGCCACUAUAGCCAAGAAAAAGUUAUUGGAAGGAGGUAAAAGCCGUGGUACUGUGAACAACAAUGGAUCAAUGGUGAACAAUACCCCAAUUGGAUCAAGCUCUGUAGCAUCACCUAUUACCAAUAAUACUAAUAGUAAUGCUAAGAAAAACAAAAAUAAUAUUGCAAUUGCAGCGGCAGCAACGGCGGCAGCAAUGGUGGCUGGAGAGGGCCAACAAUUUGGAAGGUUAAAAUUCAUUGAAAAUUGGAGAAUUAAUAAUGAAAAAAGAAAGCAAGAUUUAUUAAAAAAUAAAAAUAACCUGGCCAAUAAUAGCGAUAAUGUGAUUAUGAAUCCAGCCAAUGGCGAAAUUAUUAGUGAUUCAAACAAGAUAUCUAUGGUAACACCUGAACAAAAGAAAUUAUUACAAAAAACAGCUCAACAACAAAAGAGGGGGACCAGAGGACCUGGUAAAGGUAGAAAAGCUAAUUCUGACGCUAAACCUAGGGCAAAAAGGGUAUCAAAAAAAGCAGCCACUGCUAAUUCUGGAAAAGAAGGAGAAGCAAAACCUAAGAGAAAAAGGGGUCCAAAUAAAAAAAAGGCAGCUAAAAAAACGGAAACUGCAGCCACGACUUCUGCUGAUUAA